AACCUCUCUGGUGGACCUUUGAGACCUUUGAGUUUGGAUUAAUUGGAGGAUAUGGGGAGGACGAUUCAUCUUGCUCGGUUCCCUUCCUGGGUAACUGCGGAAGAAGUUAAGGAAUUUCUAGAGGGUCGUACUGGCAAAGGAACUGUUUAUGCAGUAAAAAUCAGGUCACCCAAGAAUCAAAGGCCAGAUGAGGAGGCAUUUGUUUUUGCUUUUGUGCAAUUUACAACUGCUACGAGUGCUGGUGAACUUGUAGACUACUUGGUCAAUAAGCGCCUGUAUUGUGGAAAUUUUUACCUGAAUGCUUCAUAUGCGAAACAUGAUAUAGUACCCAAGCCCUCGAUUCUCACUUUGGAGAAUAUGAGACUGCAUUUUGGCUGUCAAGUUUCAGGUGAUCAAUUCUGUGCUCUCUAUACUGGACAGGAUGUUGUGGUGAACUUUGGUUUUGACCUGCAGAAAAUAUACUUCUUCCUGUCUUAUGGAGGUGUAGAAUAUAAGCUUGAACUCUCUUAUGAUGACAUCUGGCAAAUCCAGCUUCGUUGUCCACGUGGUCGAUACAAAUACAAGUUUCUCCUAAUUCAGGUGCUUGGUGUUCCUCGGAUAUAUGAGAAACCUGUACACUCUUCAGGGCUUGUGUUUAAAGACUAUUACAAGGAUGCUUCAAAUGAUCAGUGGGAUAGAGCAACAGAUUUCACUCACUCAUUCUGUAUUGGACAAUCUUCUGCAAUUUGUUUAAGGAUUCCACACAAUUGUGCACUUCCAGAUUUCAAAAAACAUUUUGUCUACUAUAAAGAAGAUAAAGGUCAGUUUAUCUUGAAGAGUGGAUCAGCAUUCUCCAAUAAUUUGGAUCUAGUCCCCAUUGUUGGCCCUCCUGAUGUUCUUGAAUUGCAGAGAUUUCCAUAUGAAAUCCUGUUUAAGGUGUGUUCUUUGGUUCAGAAUGGGUGCCUUGCCGGGCCAAUGCUUGAUGCUAAUUUUUUCAAGUUAGUUCAUCCUGCUUUCAUUCCAGUUAACUACAUAGAGUGUGCCUUGGAGAAACUGUAUCAUUUAAAGGAAUGCUGCUAUGAACCUGUUGGGUGGCUCCAUCAGCAAUAUGGAAGAUACCGCAGAUCCAAUCGUACUCUUAGUUCCCCUACUAUUUCCUUGGAUGCCGGCUUGGUAUAUGUUCGCAGGGUUCAAAUAACCCCUAGUAAAGUGUACUUUUUUGGUCCAGAAGUUAAUGUUUCGAAUCGUGUGCUACGCCACUACUCUAACUACAUUGAUAAUUUUAUUCGAGUCUCUUUUGUUGAUGAGAACUUGGAUAAAAUGUACUCAAUAAAUUUAUCUCCAAGUACAUCUAAUGGCAGCGAGGAAAGGCGUACUGGAAUUUAUAGAAGGAUACUUUCUACAUUAAGAAAUGGCAUAGUUAUUGGAGAAAAGAGGUUUGAUUUUCUUGCCUUCUCAUCAAGUCAGUUGCGUGAUAAUUCUGUAUGGAUGUUUGCAAAAACAGAUGAUGGGAUUACAGCAGCAGAGAUCAGAAAAUGGAUGGGUGAUUUUCAUGAAAUAAGAAAUGUGGCAAAAUAUGCUGCUAGAUUGGGCCAAUCUUUCAGUUCUUCCACAGAAACUCUUAAUGUUCAUAGGUUUGAAGUUGAAAUUAUCCAUGAUAUAAAGCAGAGGAAGUAUAAUUUCUCAGAUGGGAUUGGUAAAAUUUCUGCUGAUUUUGCAAGGAGAGUUGCAAAAAAGUGUGGCUUAAAAAGUUCUACUCCAUCUGCCUUUCAAAUAAGAUAUGGUGGCUUCAAGGGUGUUGUGGCUGUAGAUCCUACAUCAACAAUGAAAUUAUCUUUAAGAAAUAGCAUGUGCAAGUAUAAAUCACAUAACACAAAACUUGAUGUUCUGUCAUGGAGCAAGGAUCAGCCUUGUUUUCUCAAUCGUCAAAUAAUCACUCUUUUGUCAACACUUGGAGUGAAAGACUACAUAUUUCUAAAGAAGCAAAGGCAGGCUGUAAUCAAACUGGAUGCUAUUCUAACCAAUCCAUCAAGGGCACAGGAAGCACUUGAGCUGAUGUCUCCAGGUGAAAACAGUAUUGUUCUCAAGGAAAUGUUGAUGUGUGGCUAUGAGCCUAAUGUUGAACCAUUCCUUUCAAUGAUGCUACAAGCAUUCCGGGCAGCAAAGCUUCAAGAACUACGAAAGAAGUCAAGGAUAUUUGUUCCAAAUGGAAGAUCAUUGAUGGGAUGUCUAGAUGAAACUCGAACCUUGGAAUAUGGGCAAAUAUUUGUCCAAGUUUCUAGAAUUGGGUGUAAACGAGUUCAUGAUAGUUCCCCUUUUAUUGUUGAGAGAAAGGUAAUUGUUGCUAAAAACCCAUGCUUGCAUCCUGGUGAUUUGCGUGCCGUUGAUGUCCCAGCAUUGCACCACAUGGUGGAUUGCAUUGUUUUCCCACAAAAAGGAGCAAGACCACAUUCAAAUGAAUGUUCAGGGAGUGAUUUAGAUGGAGAUUUAUAUUUUGUAAGUUGGGAUCCAGCACUUAUUCCUCCUCGUCAAAUUGAACCAAUGGAGUAUGAUCCAGCAGCAACUAUUACCUUGGACCAUGAUGUUACAAUGGAGGAAGUUGAGGAGUACUUCACAGAUUACAUUGUGAAUGAGAGCCUUGGAAUCAUUUCAAAUGCUCACUUAGUGUUUGCUGACAAGGAACCAAACAAGGCAGAAAGUGAUGAAUGUAUAGAACUUGCAAAGCUCUCCUCAAUUGCCGUCGAUUUCCCAAAGACUGGUGUACCAGCAGAAAUUCCAGCUUAUCUACGAGUCAAUGAAUAUCCAGAUUUCAUGGAAAAGCUUGACAAACCAACCUAUGAAUCAACAAGAGUGAUCGGAAAACUCUUCAGAGAGAUAAAAGACAAAGCAUCAGACACAUCCUUCAUAACAUUUACUCAGGAGGUGGCAAAGAAAUCUUAUGACCCAGACAUGGAGGUUGAUGGCUUUGAGGAUUACAUUGCUGAUGCUUACCAUUACAAAGGUGAAUAUGAUUCUAAGUUGGGAAACUUAAUGGAUUAUUAUGGAAUCAAAACUGAGGCAGAAAUCCUCAGUGGGAGUAUCAUGAAGAUGUCAAAAUCUUUCUCAAAGAAACGGGAUGCAGACGCAAUCGGAUUGGCAGUUAAGUCUUUAAAAAAGGAGGCAAGGAGAUGGUUUGAUGAGGGAGUUGGGAAAGGUUCAUCUCUUGAUGAGAUAUAUGCAAAGUAUAAAAAGGCAUCAGCUUGGUAUCAUGUAACAUAUCAUUCUGAUUAUUGGGGAUGCUACAAUGAGGGAACGAAUAGGGAUCAUUUCCUGAGUUUUCCAUGGUGCAUCUAUGACAAGCUGAUAAAGAUCAAGAAGACCAAAAACAUUUUCUUCAGGUCUCUUAAUUUAUCAUCACUGGAACACCAAUUUGCAGAUGGUUUCAUACUCAGUUGAAAAGGAGGGUUCCCUUCAAUUAAAUUUCUGAUGUUAAUUGCUUUUGUUGUUAUAUGUUUGGAUUGAGAAAAAACCAUUUAGAUUUAGGUGUGUAAUAAGUUGGGAGCUUGAUGGAACUCCUGAAUGUGACGUAAAUAGGGAGGAUUGAUCAAACUGCUGAAUAUGGCUUUUGUAGUUGCUGAUACUUAUAUUUGAAUUUGAAUACUAUAAAA